AUGCUUCCACGUAAAUUUACGAAAUUAGCGGGUCUCGGAACAUCAACCAAACCUGCCAGCUCCCAUCCCUUUUCAAAGGCCUAUAAUCCACCUUCUCGGUGCAUCACCUACUCUUUCAAAAUCAACCCAAACCACACCAACGCCCAGAUCCUCCAACAUUUUAGCGAUAACACGGAUUUCUUCUCCGUCCGGCCUGGGUUGAUUAAAAAUUUUCCCAAAGUGAGCUACAACUAUGUGAAUCACGUCAUUACUAAUACCAUUUUUGGUGACAUUGCGUCGUCUUCUUUAAUCCAGCAGCAGCGAGACUUUCGGGACUUGCUUCGAGUGGCAUCCCUUCUCCGGAAGCUCCGCGUCUCCAAUGGAGCGAUCAUUACCGGGGGCGGAGAGUCCACUCUGCUGGAAGUGGCGGAAAUCGACUUGAUGAAUGUUGACUAUGACGAUGAAUCGAUGUUCGAAGCCUUUGCAAGAAAGCACGAAAAGCCCUCUCAGAUUAUCGUGAAUGAGUUGAUGACGAUGGCCAACCAUAUCAGCGGCUUGUUCUUCCAACGAAAUGGCAUUCCAGGCAUCUACCGCAACUACAAGUUUCCCAAGCAGAGAAUAGCACCGGGGGAGUUAACUUGUUGGGAAACGUUAAACCGGAGAUGCGUCGAGAGCGUUGCUAACAGCCAGAUUCCGUACCCGGGGCUAAACUCCCUCACCGGGUUGGGUGAGUUUCUCGCAGAACUGUUCUACUCAGUGACUCCGGAUGUCCCAGGACACGAUAUGUUGGGUCUAAGCUGCUACCUUCCAUCAACCUCUCCGUUGAGACAUUUUGCCGAUUUAGUCAACCACUGGCAGCUUCAGCGGUGGUUCAGGGGCGAAAGUUUUUUCUUCGAUGAGCAAAAAUUACUCCACGUGGUGACGGUCCUUCAGCCACGGGAAAAGGUGCUCGUGGAGGCGAUUAGUCAGUCCCGACGGUAUUUGCUCCACAAAAGACUCCAACGUUUGGGAAUGAAUAUGGAGCACACUUGCGUGGUGACCUGUCCGCCGUAUCCAAAGGUUACAAACGUAGACUACAGUUUGGUACGUGUACUAAUGCUUCCUUACGGUAUUCGAUGCUGGCUCAAGUACGAUCAGAACCGGUUUCCGGUGGCUCCUAGAAUAGGACAAUAUGUAAAAUGCAAGGUGGCUGAGUUGGAUCUUAUCGAGGGGGAGUUGGUUGUUGGAAUGGUCAAGAAAAAGGCUAUCUCCCGAAGCACGAGACCCAAGUCUAAGGCCAGGAGGAAGAAGAGUGAGAAUAGAUCCCUAGUGAGCUACAAUUAUGAAUAG